AUGUCCGAGGAAGCUCAUGCAGCAAUAUUUCGUGGUGGUAGACAUCAUUCAACUUGGAGCCAUGAAUUGCUAGGUGGAGCAGCAGCGUUCGAAGCGAUGCAUCUCUGGGAAAAACAACAUCCCGGCGAUGAUCACCAGUUUUCUAAAGAAGCACUUGCUGCACUUGCUGGUGCUGAAGUUGACAAACUAUUUGAAACACACGGCCUUGAUUUUCUCGAUAGAGAAAAGGCAAAAUUUCAUGCAAUGCAAGAAGCUCGGGCUUUGGCUGAAUCAAAAGGUGCUACUGACUAA